CCCUCACUGCAGUAUCACGUGCGCCCGGGCCGGGUGCAGGAUGGCGGCGGCGGCGGCGGCGGCAGCAGCAGCAGCAGCGGUGGCUGGUGCCAGUCUACGGUGCUGCUGCAACCGGGGCGCCGUGCUCUUGCUGUUUUUCUCUCUGUCCCCCCAACCUCCCGCCUCGGCCGCCUGGCUGCUGGGGCUGAGGCCGGAGGACACCGCGGGCGGCCGCGUCUCCCUGGAGGGGGGCACCCUGCGCGCUGCCGAGGGGACCAGUUUCCUAUUGCGGGUCUAUUUCCAGCCGGGGACAGGGACGAACCCUGCGCUGCUGCCUCCCCCGACCCGCUCCUCGGGGGAGAAUGGCACCGGCGAUUGGGCCCCGAGGCUCGUGUUUAUCGAAGAGCCCCCCGGAAGCAGUGUGGUGGCCCCCAGCGCCCUCCCGAGCCGACCCCCGGGGCCUCAGCGGUGCCGCGAGCAGAGCGACUGGGCAUCGGACGUGGAGGUCCUGGGUCCGCUGCGGCCCGGCGGCGCGGCAGGCUCGGCUCUGGUCGAGGUGCGGGUGCGAGAGCUGCGCAAGGGGGAGGCGGAGCGGACCAGCGCAGGAGGCCGCGGGAAGCUCUUUUCGUUGUGCGCCUGGGACGGGCGCGCUUGGCACCACCACGGCGCGGCUGGAGGCUUUCUGCUUCUAGUCAGGCCGAGGUUGUACGGCCCGGGCGGGGAACUGCUGCCCCCGGUCUGGCUGCGGGCUUUAGGGACGGUCCUGCUGCUCGCCCUGUCGGCCCUCUUCAGCGGCCUGCGCCUGAGCCUGCUCUCUCUGGACCCGGUUGAGUUACGGGUGCUGAGGAACAGCGGCUCGGCGACCGAGCAGGAGCAGGCACGCCGGGUGCAGGCGGUGCGGGGCCGUGGGACGCAUCUGCUGUGCACCCUGCUGCUGGGGCAGGCCGGAGCCAACGCAGCCCUGGCUGGCUGGCUGUGCGCCUCGCUGCCCCCGGGCAUCGGGGGUGAAGGGGAAGAAGACUGGAGCGUGGGAAGUCACUUUCCCUGGCUGCCCACGCUGCUGUGCACCGGCGCGGUGUUUCUGGGCGCCGAGAUCUGCCCGUACUCGGUGUGUUCCCGGCAUGGGCUAGCCAUCGCCUCCCACAGCGUCUACCUGACCCGGCUCUUAAUGGCUGCUGCCUUCCCGGUGUGCUACCCGCUCGGCCGCUUGCUGGACUGGGCGCUGCGCCAGGAGAUCAGCACCUUCUACACCCGGGAGAAGCUGCUGGAGACGCUGAGGGCCGCAGACCCCUACAAUGACUUGGUCAAGGAGGAGCUGAACAUGAUUCAGGGCGCUCUGGAGCUGCGGACCAAGGUGGUGGAGGAGGUGCUGACCCCUCUGGGGGACUGCUUCAUGCUCCGCUCGGACGCCGUGCUCGAUUUCUCCACCGUCUCCGAGAUCCUGCGCAGCGGCUACACGCGCAUCCCGGUGUACGAGGGCGACCAGCGGCACAACAUCGUGGACAUCCUGUUUGUUAAGGACUUGGCUUUUGUGGACCCUGACGACUGCACCCCGCUCCUUACUGUCACCCGUUUCUACAACCGGCCCCUUCACUGCGUCUUCAACGACACCCGGCUGGACAUGGUGCUGGAGGAGUUUAAGAAGGGAAAAUCUCAUUUAGCCAUUGUCCAGAGGGUGAAUAAUGAGGGAGAGGGAGAUCCCUUUUAUGAAGUGAUGGGCAUCGUUACUCUCGAGGACAUCAUAGAAGAGAUCAUUAAAUCAGAGAUCCUGGAUGAAACUGACCUGUACACAGACAAUCGGAAAAAGCAGCAGGUCCCUCAUCGGGAGAGGAAGAGACACGAUUUCUCCCUUUUCAAGCUUUCAGACUCUGAAAUGAAAGUGAAGGUUUCCCCACAGCUUCUGUUGGCAACACAUCGAUUUAUGGCCACAGAAGUGGAGCCCUUUAAGUCUCUGUACCUUUCGGAGAAGAUCCUGCUUCGACUCCUGAAACAUCCUCAUGUGAUCCAAGAGCUGAAAUUUGAUGAGAAGAACAAGAAAGCUCCAGAGCACUACCUUUACCAACGCAACCGACCUGUGGACUAUUUUGUGCUCAUUUUGCAGGGUAAAGUCGAAGUGGAGGUUGGUAAAGAAGGUCUUCGCUUUGAGAAUGGAGCCUUCACUUACUAUGGUGUACCAGCUAUCAUGACCACUGUGUGCUCAGAUAAUGACGUGCGGAAGGUUGGAAGUCUGGCUGGAUCUUCUGUCUUUUUGCCUGUCUCAGUGUCACGUACCUUCGCCUUCAGCAGAGGGGAAUCCUUGGCAGGCUCCCCAGUAAACCGGUCCCCUUCUCGCUGCAGUGGGCUGAACCGCUCCGAGUCUCCAAACCGAGAGCGCAGCGACUAUGGGGGCAGCACCACCCAGCUGUACUGCAGCAACAACCUCUACACGCCUGACUACUCAGUCCACAUCCUCAGUGAUGUGCAGUUUGUGAAGGUAACCCUCCAGGAGGACUCUCCAGUCCUGUCCACCCGGCCCCCUCCACUCUGCACAGACCCCAUGGGGCUAGAAAGCUGCCCCGAGCCACGGAGGCCGAUCGGGCUAUGACGGAGCGUCCCCUAGGUUGGGUGACCCUAUACGAAACACUAAGUGUCCAAGAAGCCAUCCCCGGUCCAGCAGUCAGCUAGGAAGCAGUCAUUCUCUGACAUUCAUAAAGACAGUUGUUUUUUUUUUUCAUUAACCUUCAUUAUUCCUCAUGUUAUAGCCAGCAGCACUCUUGUAAGGUAGGUCUCUUUUCUCUUUCUUCCACAUGGAGAAACUAAGGCACAGAGCAAGAUGAAACAGUUUCCCCAAGAGCAAAACAGAAUUCCAAACUCGUGGUUCCAUCAUGGUCAACAUGGUCCAGUUUUGUUUGUGUGUGUUCCUUCGAUAUUAUAAAGUUAAAGAGAGGCUGUGUUGUCUAAUGAAUAGAAAGCCACUUGUAGCAUCAGAAAGACCUUGGUUCGAAUUAUAUCUCUAAUACAUACAACCUGUAUGGCCCUAGGCAACUCUCCUAGACUGUAAGUUGCUGAGUAGCUGUUGACACAUAUUAACAGAGGGAGGUUCCCUACAGGGAAACCAAUUUAGAUAUGCCAAUUAAAUAUAUUUAAUCUUUAUACCAAUACCAGUUAAAUAUAUAUACAUAUAUAUUUAAUACCUAUGCCAAUUAAAUAACAAGUCUGGACAAAAAACCCAUAACAAUAUCAAUAAAAACAAUAAUAUGCAAAUGCUUUGGGGGCCACAUGUAUGGAAGAGAAGGUAUUAUGAUUCUGUAAUCAGAAUGGCUUUAGAUUUAUAAUCUAAAGCAGAAGUCGACCACAGUUGCCUGAAAACCUUUUUAUUAUUUGAUAUUACUGUGUGUUAGCAGGAUAUGAUGGGGGAGGGAGUAUUCUUCAAAUGUCACAUAAAACAGAUUACCAUGCCAUCUGUAUGUAUAAUUAGUGAAAAGCAAAGCUUAUCAUGCCCCUUAUUUAAGUUGGUGUCAACACAAAAACUUCCCAAUAAAUAUUCUUUUUCUUUUUCUCCUCCUCGUCCUUUCUCCUCCUUCCCCUGCAGCCCCUACUCUUCCUUGCACUUAUAUUCUACAAACUGUUUAAAAUCUAUUGGUGAUCUGGGCACGGUGUAGCGGGUAAAGCACUGAACUUCAGAGUCUGAAGAUCUGGGUUUGAAUCUUGGAUGCUAUCAAUCAAUAAUCAAUCAAUGAACAAGCAUUUAUUAAGAACUUACUAUGUGACAAGUACCAUGCUAAGCACUGGGGAUAUGAAGAAAGGCAAAAAGAGUCCCUGCCCUCAAGCAUCUCACUUUUGAGUUCGGGAGGGAGUGUGUAAAUAAUUAGGUCCAUAAAAGUUACAUUCAAAGCAGAUGGAAAGUAAUCUUGGAAGGGAAGGCUCUAGCAUCCUUAUUAGCCAUCCAUCUUAGGGCAAACCACUUUCUUGGCCAUUAUUUUCUCAUCAGCGAUAGGAAGAUUUAUGCUAGCUGGCUGCCAGGGUUAUUGUGAGAAUCCAAUGAGUUAAUGAAGGCAAAGUCCUCUGCAGAUGUAAAGUGCUUUAUAAAUACAAGUUAUUGUGGCUGGCAACAGUAACACCAUUAUCAUGGUGCCUGGCUGCCCCCUUGGAUCAUCUUGGUUUAGAAUAACAAAUUGCCUCAGGGGUGCUCCCUCACUCAUAGUCCUCACCUCACAACUUGAUAUACUAAGGUUUCAAAGGAGGCACGUUGGAAUCACAGAUAUAAGAAGAAAAAAAACUUACUUGCACUGUUGUAGCAAAGGGAUAGACAGUGUCUGAUGUUUUACAAGAGAGAGAGUGAUCUCUUGGGCAUGUCACUGGGCAUAAGAGCCAGAGCCCUGGGAAUCACCACAGUAAGACCACAAUCAGUUAUUCAAACUACACUAUAUAGGAGAAAGCUACAGGAUGGGUGUGUAUGAAAAGAAACAAGGUACAUGUAGCAGAACAGAGGGACGUCCAUUUAGAGCUGGAAGGGAACUUAGUGGUUGCCUAGUCCAAGCCCCUCAUUUUUCAGAGGAGGAAACUGAGACCCAGCAAGGUAAAGUGACUUGUUUGCGGUCACACAACUAGCAGGGAAGAGAGCUGGAAUUUGAACCCGGGUCCUUCAACUCCCAAACCAGUGCUAUUUCCACCACACCAUUGCCUUAACCAUUAGGACCCUCAAAAAGUGAGUAUGGAAGCUAGCACAUGGGCAUGAAACACUUAAAAAUUACUGAUGUCCUUGAAUUUCAGAAUACAUCUGAUUUUUCAUGAGAUAAUUCUCCAUGACUGUCUUCUCCACUUUGUAACCAUUUCACUGCUAAUACAAACCUUUGUCAGAGCUAAAUAAGAAUAACAGAAGAUGAUUAGGAUCUGAGCUACCAAUUCUUUUUUAUUUGCUAGAAGUGGGAGUAAAGCCAAGAAGACUUUGGAAUAUUUAAGGGUUUUGUCCAUUCUUUCCUCCUUCACUGUUGUUGGUGAUCAGGAGGUGAUCAUUGUAUAGUUUGGCUGCUGCUUGGAGUAGAGCAUCCUAUGUUUGUGGAUAACAUUUUUGAUGGGUGUGCUCCUGGUAUUGUAAGCCAAGACACUUCUUGAGCACCUUGAAAUUUUUAUAGGCCUUGAAGUAUUUGGGGAAAGGAAUUCAGUGAUUCCUCAAAGAGCAUCAAGCACAGUAGCUUGUUCCAUAAGAUCUAUCAUGGGUAGGCACUAUGGGUCCUUAAGAGAAAAAAAUGCUAACCAUAAGUAUAGUUGUUAUCUCUCAUAGUAGUGACCCCAAGGAUAUCUACAGGAUAUCUUGUUGUUAUCAUCAAGGACAGAGAUGCUACCAAGUUAACUUGGAGGACUUAAAGAAAUUAGGGCAGAUUUUAUCUCUUCCAAGGAGAUCACAAAUCUAGUAGUUUUGAUCCCUUAGCAAAGAUUACAAGAUUCAGUUAAGUCCCAUAAAAUGGGUAUUUCUUAGUUGUCUGAGAAGGGUUUGAUUAGCCUCGCCUGAAUGCCAGGUACCUUUCUUUGUAUAGCCAAUCAAUCUUCCACAACUACCAAGAACCCUUCUUUCUUGUGUGUCAAGUCUCAGGGCCAACCUUGCACACUGCAAAUACAUAGUUGAAUAGGUAAAAUGAUUUCUUCCACUGAAGAAUCAAAGGCAAAGUAACACAUACGGAGGAACUUGAGAAAAGCAGAGACGGGUCAAAUCUGUGUUCAGAAAACUUGUUUAAAUGUUUUAUUUGGAAUGCUCUUCUAUUUUAAGAUUUAUAAUAACACGUUGCAAAAGAAGGCAGCUUGGGAGCUCAUGCUGUUGCUAAAAAUAUUACUUUUUGCUAGAUUCAAGCUCUAUGUGGCAAGUAGUCACCACAAGAAGUAACCAUUUGAUGAAGGGAUGUUUAAGUCAAAUCAUGUCAACAAGCAUUUAUUAAGCACUUACUGUGUGCUGGAGCCUGCUCUUUAUUGUUCCUUAGGAAUGAAACAGAGCAUUGCCACCAUUUCUAAGGCAGUUCCUUUAUUUCUCUUUCUUUUGCCCCAUAGAAGGGAGGAACGAGUACUCUGAAGAAUAACAGCGGAAGAGGGUGGUCCCCACAAUGAUUCCAUAGGCUCCGGGUCCGAAGUGAACUAGCUACAAAGACUCUUUAUGCCCAACUGGCCAGAAGUGCCAAUGGUGCCUCUGGAAGGGGCAAGAUAAGAUUCUACAUAAGUUCAAAGGGAACCCUUAAUCAUUGUCAGGGAGGAAGAAUAGCAUCAGGUUAAGCUAUGGCUACCUUGAGUUGAGGAUUAAUGAGUAAUUUACAAAAGAGGACUUAGAGAGUUAUAGAACUUUCAAAGAUAGCUUUGUACUUUUCAGGGGUCGGCAAACUAUGGUGCAAAAACCAAAUCUGACUCCCACACCCCCCCCAGCCUCUUUUUAUACAAUCUCUGGGCUCAGAAUGGUUUCUACAUUUUAAAAUAAAGUUUUAUAUAUAUACAUAUACAUAUAUAUAUACAUAUACAUAUACAUAUAUAUAUAUACAUAUACACAAUAUGUGUAUAUAUACAUAUACACAAUAAAUAUGUAUAGUUUGCCGACCUCUGCUUUAUAUCUUUAAGAGCCUUAUUGGUUGUUGUUGUUGUUUAGACCUUUCGAUAAAGAUAUAUAUAUAGAGAGAGAGAGAGAGAGAGAGAGAGAGAUCUAUAAAUAGAUAUAUAGAUAUAUGUUAAAAGGAAUAAAAGGUAUGCCUGCCUAGUCAAGAGAGAAACAAAUUCCAAAACUCUGUGUUUAAACCACAGAGCCUUGAAAUUAUCAUUUUAUCACCACUUAGUAGAAGUGGGCUUAAAUUAUAGGAUCUAUUUUCUUGACAGGGUCUAUUUAUUUACUUUAUUGUAUUUACUAUUUAUUGUUGAUCAUGUAGGGUCUAUUUUAUUGUAUAUUAAUAUGCCAUAUGUUUAUUAUAUUAUAAGGCUUAUUAAACAUCUUGGAAGCUGCAACCUUAAGGUUAUAUACUAACAGAAAAUAUAAAGAAGAUGCUCCAAUUUAAUGAGAUCAUUUCCCCAAAGAUUGAAGGUUAGUCUCUAGUCUUUCCAGCUGUCAAGCUCAGCUUCCUGAAAAUGCCCCUUUUUUCUUAUUAGUUGCAAAAUAACAGCAGCCCAGUAGCCCCUAACAAAAUGUCAGGGAUUGCUUAGUUGGUAUUUGCUUCUAUGGAGAAAGAAAAAGGAAGCGGGAACUAUUUCUGUUGGUUGGAAAUGAGUUGGGUUGGGAAAGCUUAGUUGGGUAACUGGAAAAAAACACUUUGCAACACUAAUCUCCAAGGUCCCCCCUGCCCCACCCUGCCUGUAUAACCAAUCACAUCUAUUGAUCAGUCCCACCCUUGAUCAACUAGGCCUUUUAUACGUCCUUUAUAAUAGAUCCCUUAUGUUCCUCUCCUCCCCUCUGCUCUCCUUUUUUUUUUCACCUCUCUUCCCCUCCCCUGUCUUUUCCUUCCUGUUCCCUUCCCCUUCCCCAGCUCUCCUUUCCUUUUCCCUCUUGUCUUUCCCUUAUUAUUCUUUCUUGGCUUCCCUUUUUCUUCAUUCUCUUCAUCAAGAAUUUACCUUUCAGAAGCCUCCCCCACCACACCCAUAGCCCUUGGCCCCUAGGUCCAUGUUUUAUGAAAAGGGACACCACUCCUCCCUCUGAAAACUCUACCCUGAUCAUGGUAUGUCAUUGCCAACGUAGACAUCUAGGAUUCACAGGAAGAGUAGUUAAGAUCUAACUGCUAAACUUUGGUUUGACCAUUAAAAAGUAGAAAGAAGGAAAACAAACCACUUGAGCCGUAUAAAUAGCAGAGCUCAGAAGUAGCUAUCUUACCCCUGGUUGUUUGUAAGCCUUGUCCAAAUGACAAGUUUGUCAUGAAGCCUGAAACUUAACCGUCCUGAGUUUAGUAAUGUAGAGGUCAGGAAAUGUACUUGAAUUUAUGAGCUUCAGGGAGAUACCAGGGAAGGCUUCACUUAUGGAAGAAUCCAUUGGUUCCAUUAUGGAAGGAGGUUUUGAUUAUGAGCUUUGGUUCCAUGCCUGUGUACCAGACUUCUUUUCUG